GUUCAUGUGAAAAUGGCGGAUGAAGCUGUCUGUGUUGGCCCAGCUCCCACCAGCAAAAGCUACCUCAACAUGGAUGCCAUCAUGGAAGUCAUUAAGAAAACCAGGGCCCAAGCUGUACACCCAGGAUAUGGAUUUCUUUCAGAAAAUAAAGAAUUUGCUAGACGUUUGGCAUCAGAAGGUGUCACCUUCAUUGGACCUGACACACAUGCUAUUCAAGCUAUGGGAGACAAGAUUGAAAGCAAAUUAUUAGCCAAGAAUGCAAAGGUCAACACAAUCCCUGGCUUUGAUGGAGUAGUCAAGGAUGCAGAUGAAGCUGUCAGAAUUGCAAGGGAAAUUGGCUACCCUGUCAUGAUCAAGGCCUCAGCAGGUGGUGGUGGGAAAGGCAUGAGAAUCGCUUGGGAUGAUGAAGAGACCAGGGAGGGUUUUAGGUUUUCAUCUCAAGAAGCUGCUUCAAGUUUUGGUGAUGAUCGCUUACUGAUAGAAAAGUUCAUUGAUAACCCUCGUCACAUAGAAAUCCAGGUUUUGGCAGAUAAACACGGUAAUGCCUUGUGGUUGAAUGAAAGAGAGUGCUCCAUUCAAAGGAGAAACCAAAAAGUUGUGGAGGAAGCACCGAGUACUUUUCUAGACCCUGAAACUCGAAGAGCAAUGGGAGAACAAGCAGUAGCUCUUGCCAAAGCAGUAAAAUAUUCUUCUGCUGGAACAGUAGAAUUCCUUGUGGACUCCAGUAAGAAUUUCUACUUCUUGGAAAUGAAUACUAGACUUCAGGUUGAACAUCCCGUCACAGAAUGCAUUACUGGCCUGGACUUAGUCCAAGAAAUGAUCCGUGUUGCUAAGGGUUACCCUCUCAGGCACAAACAGGCUGAUAUUCCCAUCAACGGCUGGGCGGUUGAAUGUCGAGUUUAUGCUGAGGACCCCUAUAAAUCAUUUGGCUUGCCAUCCAUUGGUAAACUGUCUCAGUAUCAGGAACCAUUGCAUGUGCCAGGUGUACGUGUUGACAGUGGCAUACAACAAGGAAGUGAUAUUAGCAUUUAUUAUGAUCCUAUGAUCUCAAAACUGAUUACCUAUGGCUCUAAUAGGGCUGAAGCACUGAAAAGAAUGGAAGAGGCUUUGGACAAUUAUGUAAUUCGAGGUGUGGCUCAUAAUAUUUCUUUACUGCGAGAAGUGAUCAUCCAUCCACGCUUUGUCCAAGGAGAUAUCAGCACUAAAUUCCUUCCUGAAGUCUAUCCUGAUGGCUUUAAAGGACACAAGUUGACAGAUCUUGAAAGAAGAGAACUACUGGCAACAGCAGCGUCUUUAUAUGUGGCUGAACAACUGAGAUCACAGCGAUUUCUAGGGACUCCAAGAAUUCCUAUUGCUAAAUCAAAGAGAAGUAGCUGGGAGCUCUCUGUGCGUCUAGGAGAUGGAAUUUACCCAGUUGCAGUUUCAAAGGAUGGCUCAUCAUUUUCUGUGGAAGUUGAUGGGAUGAAACUAAAUGUGACCAGCGAGUGGAACCUGGCUUCACCCUUACUGUCUGUCACCAUUGAUGGCACUCAGAGGACUAUACAGCGACUUUCUCGGAAUGCAUCUGGAGAUACAGGCAUUCAGUUUCUAGGCACAGUG